AUGCUAAAUAUUGAAUUGUUGCAUGACCAUCGGUUCCGGAUGUGGGUGUCGUCGGCAGUGACAGUAUCUAUCCGCUUUCGCGAUUUCGUCAAGGUUAUUACUAUCCUCGUUUCCCAUGAUCGGCUCAACGGUAAUACAUUGAACAUAAUCUACAAGGCCGGACUCUCGGACCAGUAUCUCCCAGCCAAGCAUGAGUUUUCCGAUUCGGCGGCUAUACUCACUGGCGUCCGCAAUCAGGUCUUCACACUAUCACCGACGCUCAGCCAGCUCAACUGCCACCACUUUGCUACCACGCAGUGGCAAUUCCUGUCCCCUAACCUCGGAGGUCGGGAGUAUGCUCGCUUUGACGACAGAUGUGUCCUCCCGGAAGAAAAUCCCACCCUUACGCUAAACAGCUCAAGUCUGACUCUCGAGCCGAGUUUGAGCAAGAGCGCCCAGUACUUUCCCGCAUCCAGCUUCUCCAAGGAGGGCAUCUUGGUGCUGGGACAGAUCAAGGGCAUUACGAGCGCCGUACACACACUACACAGCCCGUCGGUCGAGAACAAGGACGAGAACGGGCGCUACGGCGAUCUACAGCCCGAGAAUAUCCUCCUGUUUCUCGACGAGCCGGCCAGGUACCCACGCGGCACCCUGCGUAUCGCCAACGCCGGGCUGGCGCGGUUCCACCAGCAAAUCACCAGCAAGCGCGUGCGGGGGACGACCACGACAGGCGGCUCGGUUGAGUACGCGCCGCCCGAGUCACACAAAGAGGGCGAUGAUGUCAAGCGGUCUCGUAGCUACGACAUGUGGUCGGUAGGCUGCAUCUUUCUCGAGUUCGCCGUCUGGACGCUGGGCGGCAGCGCCGACUUCAAGUCGUUCCGGAGGGAUCGGAAGAAUCGCCGGGCCCGCGACGGGGACGUCCAUCGCGACUUUCCCCCAUAUUACCGGAUCGCAAAACAGGGCGAGGAUUGGGAGACGUACGAGAUUCACCUAGCUGUCAAGGCACGGAUGGCGGCCAUUCGCUCUAACCGGAAGUACCCCGACAAGACCCGUCUGAACGAUCUCGUUAAGAUUAUCGAGGAGGGGCUGCUCAACAUUAAGGAGGGCGCUCGGUACGAUACCGAGACCCUUGACCACGAGUUAGACAAGAUAGUGAGCAAGGCCGAGAAUAAUUCUUACUUUUGGGCGCCGGGAGUCAACCCGGACUUCCAGCUUACUGGACCACCACCGGCUCAGUUACCGCCAGUCGACUGCUAUCGCAAGCGGGAUCGCCUCUCCACCAGCUGCUAG